UGAAAUUAGCAAUAGAUAUUCCGAGGAAUUUAUGGAUGGAUUGGACUUGGGUAGCUCUUUAAUGCCUCCUAAAGAUUUAAUGACUAGCGCUAGAGUGAUGGAGAGUCGUUGUGGUUCAAUUUUGACUGAUAGUGGAUGUAUUCAAAUGACUGCUGGACAAGUUAAAGCUUCGCAUUCGGAUUUGCAACCACCAAUUACGCACGGGUAA